AGUGGACACACUACCCCAACACAAAAAAUAAAGAAAAUAGAAGAAACCAGAGAGAGAGAGAGUUUCUUGUUGAGAAGAUUUUGUGGUAAUAUCAAGCUGUUUCAAUGGCAGACUACAUGGAAGAAGACCAAGAAACCAUACCCACUUCACCUAGACAGGCAUCAUCGUCAUCCUUUUCAUCAUCAUCGUACGUCUUACUUCUUGGGGUUAUGAGCAAAAGGAGAACAUGGGUAUGUAUUUUUGUUACCGUAUAUGCCAUGCUUUUAACUUCGUCCUGGAAUUUCCUCAAAUCCAUACUUUCUUGGUACAAAUUACAAGCCCAUCAGUCUUCCUCAGCUUCUAGAUGGCCUGCCCUCUAUGCUUCUGUGCUUCUUGGGGCUGUUUUUGGGCUGCUUUCAAUGGUUGCAGCCCUAGCAGUGUUGGUUCCUGCCACUUUGGUGACAUGGAUCACAAUUAUGGUUUUACUCACCUUCUUUGGGAAGCCCAGGACGACUUUGGUUGUGGAAGGGAGGAAGAUUACUAGGGAAAUUGUUAGCUUUGUGAUCAAGAUCUUGUUGAAGGAAGGGAAUGUUGUGGCUGCUGUUUGUGCUGUUUUGGGUUACUUUGCACUUGUCAAGAGGAAUAGCGAGGGAGAUUUAGAGAACAGGUAAGAAGGGUUUUGGUGUUUGGUUUUCUGGGUGGGAUGGGUUUUUGCUGAGGGGAUUUGGUAAAGUUUCCCUUAUUUUGGGCAAUACCUUGAAACCUGACAUAUGUUAGAUUUGUUAAUUCUAAUGUAAUUUAUUUUUUCACUGA